AUGCUAAGCUCAAGAACCUGGUCCCGAGGUCGAUAUCAAUGCGCCGGGCGCAUUCCGACACCUCAUAUUCCAACGUAUGCUCUUGCAUUCUCGCCGGAUGGCACUUUGCUGGCGCGUGGGGGUGAAGCAGGUCUCGAUCUCAACGACACGCGCACCUUGAAACCGAUCAGCACAGGCAAGCCCCACACGGUUCCACCAAGUAUUUAUGGAUCCGUUGUGGUGCUUAAAUGGGCAUCCAUGGAAGGCCAAUUUGACAUGUUGUUCAUUGGCACGAAGCAUGGCUUCGUCUUUAUCUGGCAGAAGAAUGAUAACAAUUUUAGAGAGUGUCACGCGUUCCGGGUGCCCGAGGGCGGCGAGAUACUCUCGUUGGCGGUCCAGGUCAACCCUGAUCGAGUCCGACUUGCAGUUGGCACGAUCCACUGCAUUCUUGCAUGCUACGACGUCCUUCCAAACCGCCUUUGGAACGACUGGUACGAGAGGCUGGCCAAGAUCGAGCCUAGAAACAUCGAGUUCACGUCGAACAGAAAGGAUAUCACGGUCUUCUCCACGUUCUCUGGCCAGAUACACACGUUUUCCAGGAGGGAACGGACGCUGGAGCAUGGGCCAAGCCUUGCUCAGCUCAUCGGCUACGCCACCAUGGGCAAGGACAGGGAAGUCGUCAUCGACAACACAAACAACUUCAGCCUACACAAUAGCGAAACGGGAGCCCUAGUCGCUAUGUUUGGUGCCGGGUCCAAGAUAUCGGCUGUCCCUAAGCACGUCAUGUUUGGCGAAGACGGAGAGAUCGUCGUAGCGGGGAGCGACACUGGAUGUGCUUAUGUCUUUCAAAAGGCAGGUGGUGGGCCCGAGCAGAUUUUAAUGAAUGCGUCAGAUGGCUAUACACAAAUCGUCGCGACAUCUAGUACCGCCUCGGCGAACUACAUAGCAUGCGCCACAUCCUCGACGACGGGUGUCGGAGCAGUAUCCGUAUGGACGUGCAAACGGGUUAUUGAGGGAUCCGCGACCUUGCCAAACUCGACAGCUGGAACUGACUUGCCAGGACAGCUCUGGAAGUUAUUGCAACAAAUCUGGCAGAGGUUCAAAGGCGGCCUUGCCUGGUUAUCAAACCUCGUGCAGCGCAGCCUCGUCUGGCUCGCAAAGCUAGUGAUGACUGUUUCUGUCAUACUACUGCUCGUUCUAGUGGUCGCGCCUUUCCUGUGGUCAAUGGUGGAGGACGACGUUCCUGAAGCUUGGAUGUAUGCAAAAGGUUACUGGUAUUUGGCAGUCCGGCCCGCGAUCGUCAGCCACAGAAAGUGCAUCGCAGAGUUGUACGGAUUUGCAUAA